AUGACAAGAACAAAUGAGAGUUCCAAAGAUAUUUUCAACGAAUUUACUGCAGACUACUUUGAAGUCGUGAAACAUCUGCAAAAACCACAAAAUUUCAUAACUGAACUUCAAUUUCCUAAGGUGAUAAAUGUCCAGGAUCCUUCCUUGAUAGCUGGAUCAUACUAUCAGCUUGUUGAUGGUAAGGAUCUCAAACCUACAGAGCUGGUUACCAUCAGCGACAGAAUAAAGAGUGGUCACUACAAGACUAUUUAUUCCAUAUUUCACGACCUAACUUUAGUGUGCCUGAUACUUAUAAACGAACGGAACAGAGAUUCGGAAGACUACGUCAAGAUUGAUUUGUUCUACAAGUCGAUGGUUGAGUUAUUGAUCAGAGAGGCAGGAAGAUUUUUGUUCAACUACAGACAACUAAGAGAAAGCGUUGACUCUCGUGUUUUAGAUGAUUACACCAGUGAGUUUGAAGAAUCGAUGACAAAAGACUUCAAUAAAGUGUCCACAUUUUUUGUUUCAUCCAACGGAGAAUGUUUAACUACAUUCAUCACACCUAAUGCGCCAUUGUUUUCGUCCCUGAAUAAUAAAUCAAGCUUGGAUGCUAGAGAAGCUGUAGUGAAUGAAGGCGAUUUUAAUCUGACGAAAGUAAUCCCCCAUGUCCCUUCCAUUAGUUCACAGCCGCUUAACAAGAUUUCUCCUCAAUACAACAAUGAACCUCACCCAGCCACCAAACCUACGGAUUUAUUGCCAAACCUCUUUCAUUUGAACUGGUACGCGUUACCGAUGGGUCAAUGGCUCACCCACAAUAAGGGUAACGAUUUCAGUUUUGCACCUACAAUAGACGAAGAAAAAUCUGCAAUCUCCAGUGAAUUGAAGGGCCUGAGGUGGCUGGAGCAAGCUGGUUUUAGAAAGCUUGGUGAUAUAGCAGAAAAACUGAGCAGACCAUCUAAAAAUGAGACGGAUAAUGAACUUCAGAAGGACGAACCAAAAAGAAUUGAAAAAGAGCUUCCGGCACCUGUUGACCAGGAGACUAAGAAUGGCCAUACGGGGACAGAUACAUCAACUAAACUUGAAAACACAGAUAAGGAAGUCCAGGUCAAUGGAUCCGAAGACUAUAAGAUCAAGCUAGACAACCUCCUCUCCUGGACUCCGGGAAGCUUCGUUGAGGAGGAUGAGAUAGAGGCUAUCCGUUCCAACAAAGAGCAAGAACUUAUAAGCAAGUUGCUAAUAGAUCUGUCACAAUUACGUCAAGAAAGGUAUAAGGCAUCACCCAAAAUCGAUCCUGCUAAUCCCGUCACUGUCUUGAAACCCAGUCUCAAAGAGAAGAGAUUGUACUUCAAGAUUAAGAGAUUAAUACAAUUGGUCAUUCAAACUCGCAAUGUGACUCCUAAGGACUUGAAACUUGAUGUCAGCUUCAAACUACCUAUUUGUCAAACAACGUAUAGUGGUACUUUACCAGCGUCUGUACCAAUUUACACGAAGAACCCUUCCAGCAGAGUUAGUGCUCUGACUAAAAAAAGACGUAAGUACUAG